CGACAUUCAUUAAAGCCAGUGUACAAUUGCUGAGUUGAUCAGCUGAUCGUAGUGCGUACUCGUGUCACACAAAACGGAGUUUCUCUAUUAUAUUAUUUAGAAAAUCUUGUAAAAAUCAGUGAAAAUGAGUGUCUCCGAUAUUAAAAACAGUGAAUAUCACGAUUAUCGCAGCCCUUUGGCGACGAGAUACGCCUCGAAGGAAAUGCGUUUUAACUUCAGUGAACAACAUAAGUUCAGCACGUGGCGAAAAUUAUGGGUCUACUUGGCUAAGGCAGAAAUGGAGCUUGGAUUGGCUAUCACUCCGGAACAAAUAGCCGAAAUGGAGGCCCAUAUCAACGACAUCGACUUCGAGGCUGCCGCGAAAGAAGAGAAGGCAACGAGACACGAUGUGAUGGCUCACGUUCAUGUUUUCGCCAAUCAGUGCCCGAAAGCGGCGCCCAUUAUUCAUUUGGGGGCUACUAGUUGCUACGUUGGUGAUAACACGGAUCUGAUCAUCCUACGACAAGGAUUCGACAUACUCCUACCAAAACUAGCGAACGUGCUGUCGCGCCUCGCAAAGUUCGCCAAAGAGUACAGCAAUUUACCGACGUUAGGAUUCACUCAUCUUCAACCAGCUCAACUUACCACGGUCGGUAAACGAGCUACAUUGUGGUUACAUGAUCUUCUGAUGGACGAAAGAGCAAUUCGUCGUGCUAGGGAUGAUCUGAAGUUUCGAGGAGUGAAAGGAACCACUGGUACGCAGGCUUCGUUCCUUCAGUUGUUCAAUGGUGACGGGGAAAAAGUGAAACAGUUGGAUCGGUUGGUAACCAAGAUGGCUGGCUUUGAGAAGCACUAUCCUGUAACUGGACAGACCUACAGCAGGAAAGUCGAUGUUGAAUGUUUAAAUGUUCUGAGUUCUUUGGGCUCUUCUGUUCAUAAAAUAUGCAGCGACAUCAGACUCCUAGCAAACAUGAAAGAAAUAGAAGAACCGUUCGAAAGCACCCAGAUUGGCUCCAGCGCGAUGCCAUAUAAAAGAAACCCGAUGCGUUCUGAACGUUGCUGCAGUAUAGCACGACACCUAAUGACACUAGCUAACAAUGCUUUACAAACGGCUGCUACUCAGUGGAUGGAAAGAACUCUGGACGACUCAGCGAUCAGAAGAAUCACUUUGUCAGAAGCGUUCUUGUCAGCCGAUGUUAUAUUAAUGACACUCCAAAAUAUCACUGAGGGUUUGGUUGUAUAUCCAAAUGUCAUUGCUAGACAUGUCGCUCAAGAAUUACCUUUCAUGACCGCAGAAAAUAUUAUCAUGGCUAUGGUGAAGGCCGGAGGCGACAGACAGGUCUGCCACGAGAAAAUAAGGGUGCUCUCUCAAGAAGCAGGCGCACAAGUGAAGCAACAUGGUCUGGACAACGACUUAGUAGAGAGGAUCAAGAAGGACCCUUACUUCCAACCGAUCCUGAAUAAACUGAACGAUCUUCUCGAUCCUCGAACCUUCGUCGGCAGAGCACCUGAACAGGUGACGGAGUUUCUGGAAGAGGACGUAUACCCCGUGCUCGAGAAUUACAAAGGACUCUUGGGUGGAUCCGUACAAUUAAACAUUUAAUGUUAACUCAAAGGAUAACUGGAUCUGGACUUGUAAAAUAAUUUCAAUUCCAUGAUUUUUUAAACUUUCUGUCGAUUUUCUUUUUACGAACGAUACGUACAAGAUUGUUUAUGUGAAUAUUACAGAGAUGAAUAAAUCGUUUUAUUUUUCUCUAUCGUAACCUGUGCAAUUCUGAUUACUUCUCGACAACGUAACUGCUGUGAUAGCGAAACGGGCUCGUAAGUUAUCGAAUUUCGCGUAGAGACACAAGAUAGAAGUAAAAUUGUGAAGGUAGAGAAGGCAGAGUAGAAAGACAGAGGUACGAAAGCCGAUCGUUUAUUUUAAUAGUCAUAGCGAGUAACCAUUGCUUAAUCGUCCAUUUAUUUAUCUUACCUUUGUUUGAGAAAUACAUCGGUUGUAUUAUUGUAUUGUAUCGUGUUGUAUCGUCACGAUCGCAAUGUCUUUGUACUCAUUUUUAUAAUUCGUGAUAAACUAUUUUACAUUUAAUACAAAAGUUGUACUAUGUUGUACUUUCAUAAUAAUAAAUCGUUUAAGCAAUCGUUACGAAUUACAGGACAGUUUCUGGCACAGAAAAUACGUAACUGUUUCGAUGGCAGAAUAUGAGAACAAAGAUAGAAUCGAGAUAGGUGAUAGUUUAUAGCACUCGAGGAUCACAGCAUAGGGAAAUAUUCGCGUCAUUCGUUCGCUAGGUGAAGUUUGGGUGGGAGAAGACUAGAAAUGAGAGAAGAAAGGAAACGCGGUUUCCAAAACUCAGAAAUAUAUUCUACGAAUUCUGUUUGGCAGAGUGGUUUGUGUAAAAAAAUAUAUAAAUAAGUUUUGUCAAUCCUCGAACAAUCUUAGACUAAGUAUAUUCUUUAAUUUUCAAAAAAUUGAAUGUCUUUCUGCUGAAGCACUUGGUCAUAAAUGACCCAAUUUCGUUGUUCGAGGAUUAAGUAGAGAAAGAAGAGAUAAACAAGAUAGAGAACAAUAAAUGAAAGGAAGAAAAGAUUGAGUGAAUUUGGGAAAUGAAAAACAAAAGUGAAAGAGUAUUGAAGAAAAUCAGAAAAACAGAUUUGAAGAAAUGAGAGCAAUAAAAAGAUUGCGUAAAGAAAGGAUAUCUUAGAGUACAAUGCACAGCAUUAUUGGAGCAUCCAAUUUCACAUUUGUAUUAUUAAACAAAUAACAGGACUAGAUGAGACAUCGCUUGUCAGCGACAGGUGUAACAAAUUUAUAAUAGAAUUUUAAUGUUGAGGCAAAAUGUUGAUGAAAGAAAGAUGAAGAGUGUGGAAGAGAGGUUGUAGGAGAUAGUGAAGAGAAAUGUAGUUGAGAAGAAGACAUAAAGAUGAAAAAGAUGCGCAGAAAUAAAGACAUAAAGAUGAGCUGAAAUGUAUGAAAAAUAGAUGGAGAAGAAAUCACAGAAG